GCGAUCCAAUUCACGAUCCAACGGUCAAAGUUAAUCGUCUUAGUCUCACACAAACCCCACAAAAUUAGGGAACUCUCUCCUUCAUCCAUCACCACUCGCGCCAUUCCCACACUUAAACAUUACCAUCACCAGACACCUUCACAUAUUUUCGCUCUCUCUUGUUUUCUAUUCUCUCUUCUUACAUUUUCCUUUCUCGUGUUUUCUGCUUCCAUUUUUUGGAGAAAAUUUUUAAAGAAAGAAGUCAUGGUGAAAGGUCCAGGAUUCUACUCCGAUAUCGGCAAGAAGGCUAGAGAUCUUCUGUACAAGGAUUACCAGAACGAUCGCAAGUUUACUCUCACCACUUACACUACCAGCGGAGUGGAAAUCACUUCAACUGGUCUCAAGAAGGGCAAUGUAUAUUUGGCGGAUGUUGCCACAAAGCUGAAGAACAAGAACAUCACGACUGAUGUCAAAGUGGACAGUAACUCAAAUCUCUUUACUACCGUUACGGUGGAUGAGCCUUCACCUGGACUCAAGACAAUUUUUAGCUUUAUUUUUCCGGAUCAAAAAUCUGGCAAGGUGGAGCUCCAGUACCAGCAUGAGCAUGCUGGAAUCAGCACUAGCCUUGGAUUGACGGCAAAACCCAUCGUUAACUUCUCUGGUGUUGUUGGAAAUAAUCUUGUCACUCUUGGGACAGAUGUUUCAUUUGAUACUGCAUCUGGCAACUUAACCAAGUACAAUGCAGGGCUGAGCCUCACCCAUUCUGACCUGAUUGCAUCUUUGAGUCUGAAUGAUAAAGGAGACACCCUCAUUGCCUCCUAUCACCAGAAUGUAAAUAUACUGACAAACACUGCUGUUGCUGCUGAGUUUUCUCAUAGCUUUUCCAGCCAUGAAAACAAACUCACUAUCGGAACACAACAUGCACUCGACCCCUUAACCUUGAUCAAAGCUCGUGUCAACAACCAUGGCAGGGCAACUGCUCACAUCCAGCAUGAUUUGUCCAUAAGAACCCGUUUCUCCAUUACUGCUGAAGUUGACACUGGUGCCAUUGACAAGAGUGCAAAGGUUGGCCUUGCUUUGGCCCUGAAGCCUUAAAGUCAGUUAUUUGUGAGUGAAAUGUCAUGCCCUAGUUAGCUGUAGGUUUUUCGCUUCAGAUUCCAGUUGGAGCAACCUUUGGUAGGUUAUUUUUUGAGCUACCUUUUGGAAGCCAAAUAAUUGGCACAAAAAAGUUAUUUACAUGUCUAAGUUUCAACUAUCCCCAAACAUAAUUAAUUUAAUUGAUAUAUUGCUGAGUACAAUUUCGAAGGUGAUUGUUUUUUAAUCCUACUUUUU